AUGUCUGUACCCAAAAUCCAAAUAGAAGAGGCACUGGACAGCACAGAUGCUGGGUCUGGAGGUGCUGCUCCUCCUGAUGACCACCUGAGGAGCCUCAAGGCAUUGACGGAGAAACUGAGACUGGAAACCAGGCGCCCAUCCUACUUGGAGUGGAAGGCAAAGCUGGAGGAGCAGGCAUGGAAGAGUCCCCAGCCAACGGGAGAGGAGGAGGCAACCGAGGCCAAAAAGGCCAUGGGGGAGACUGUUCCCUUGAGGAAGGUGCAGCUGCAUCUCAAUGGGAGCCCUGCCCAAGACAAGGUGACUCUUACCUCAGGAAGAAUAGGUGGCUUUGAGAGCAUCGAUGAAGCUUUGACGUGGCUCAGGAAGGAACUGGCAGAAAUGCGCCUGCAGGACCAGCAACUGGCGAGGCAGCUCAUGCGCCUCCGCAGCGACAUCAACAAGCUGAAGAUUGAGCAGACCUGCCACCUGCACCAGCGCAUGCUCAAUGAUGCCACGUAUGAGCUGGAGGAGAGGGAUGAGCUCUCUGACCUCUUCUGUGACUUCCCCCUCGUGAGCUCCUUCAGCCUUUCCACUCCACUCAAGCUCAUCGGAGUCACCAAGAUGAACAUCAAUUCCCGACGGUUCUCGUUGUGUUGA